CUGAUAGAGAGAGAAGGAAGGAAGAAGAAGAAAGGCUCCUUUGUCUCGGAAGAAGAACCAAAGGGAGCCAAAAGAAAACAAAAGGAUUGUCGUAGCUUUCUUUCACACGAAAUCUCACGAGCCGCCUUAUUCUCCUUCUUCUUCUCUCAAAAAAGAAAAAAAAAAACAGAGAAAGAUCAACGGCUAGUCUAUUUCCCGGUGAAAUCUCAGCCGUAGGAUCUGAGAACUCGCAUGGAGGAGGAGUUUUAUUAAAUUACAUUUAUUAAAUUUUCUCAUUUUAAUCGUUAUCAGAAAAGGUAGGUACCUAAAAAGAGAGUUUUUUUUACGAAAAGCAGAUUGACUGGUAGCUGAAGAACAACGGAGGAGAAUAGAUAGAGAGAGAGAGAUAGUAAAAAAGAUAAACCCUAAAGGUUGAAACUUGGUUGACGACGAUUCUUCAUUUACUUUUUAUUUAUUUUCCACCCUCUUCCUUCAAGAAUCAAACUAGAGAGAGAGAGAGAGAGAGAGAAAAAAAGUUCGAUUUUUGUGAAGAUGCCAGUAGAUUUAGAUAACUCCUCCACAGUCUCCGGCGAGGCAAGUGUCUCCUCCACCGGAAACCAACAAAACCCACUUCCCAAAUCUGCCGCAAAGAAGAAACGAAACCUCCCUGGCAUGCCCGAUCCAGACUCGGAAGUGAUAGCUUUGUCGCCGAAGACUCUACUAGCAACGAACAGAUUCGUCUGCGAAAUCUGCAACAAAGGCUUCCAGAGAGACCAGAACCUUCAGCUUCACCGUCGCGGCCACAACUUACCGUGGAAACUCAGGCAGAAAUCGAGCCAAGAAGUCAAGAAAAAGGUUUACGUGUGUCCCGAGACGAGCUGUGUUCACCACGACCCUUCACGCGCUUUGGGAGAUCUCACCGGAAUCAAGAAACACUUUUGUCGGAAACACGGCGAGAAGAAGUGGAAAUGCGACAAAUGCUCCAAGAGAUACGCUGUUGUGUCUGAUUGGAAAGCUCAUUCUAAGAUCUGUGGUACCAAAGAGUAUAAAUGCGAUUGUGGUACCCUGUUUUCUAGAAGAGAUAGCUUUAUGACGCAUAGAGCUUUCUGUGAUGCUUUGGCUGGAGAAAGUGUGAGAAACCAUACUCAUAGCAAGAAGCAGAGUCCUGAAAUCUUGACCCGGAAGAAACCUGUACCCGACCCGAAACCUUCCUUGGCUGCUCCGGUGGAAACUCAGCCUGCUAUAACCAUUAAGCGACCAGAAUCUCCAAAAACCCCUCGUGAAAUCUUGCAAGAAGCUCAGGAGCCAACAGGUUUAAACGGUGUUUUCUUCGAGUCUUCAUCAGCUUCUCCAAGUAUAUACGCGUCUUCUUGCUCACAGUCCCUAUUCGCGCCGUCUUCAUCCAUUGAACCCAUCUCUUUGGGUCUCUCAGCGAGUCACGGACCAUCUUUUCUCUGCUCAACACGGUUUCCAUCUCAGCCGGCAAUGUCAGCCACCGCUCUGCUUCAAAAGGCAGCUCAAAUGGGAGCAGCUUCUUCAGGUGGUUCAUUGCUUCGCGGGUUAGGUAUAGUUUCAUCAACUUCACCUUCUCUGGACUCGAUAGUCCCUCAUGGUCUAGCAUUGGGACUGCCUUGUGGAGGUGAAAGCAGCUCGGGUUUGAAAGAGCUUAUGAUGGGGAAUUCAUCUGUGUUUGGUCCGAAACAAACAACGUUAGACUUUCUCGGGUUAGGUAGAGCGGUUGGUAAAGGAGGUGGUCCUGGAUCCACUCUAGUUGGACCAAGAGGAGGCAGCAUCGAUGCGUUGGCGACAUUUGGGUCGGGAGAGUUUUCAGGAAAUGACAUUGGUAGAAGAACAUCAUAAGUACAGUCAAACUUCGUGUGAUAUCAUUCAUGACAUUAUGACAUAAGAACAUCAUUAGCUUAGUGGGUGUUGAGUACACGAAUGAAAACUUCCUUUUUGAGAAGGUUUAAAUUUAUAUUACUUUGCAGUUAAUAUUUUUUUCUC